AUGAAGCGCUCCGCACCUGCAGCCGGCAGCAAGGCCGCACCCAGAACUAAGAAGGCUCGUGCCGAAAUACCCGACUACCAUCUCACUCCGUCACGGAAAGACGAUGCCGGUGAGAUUGUCUGGCCAGCUCCAAAAGAUCAGAUCGAACGGGCAAAGAGCUUCAUAUUGGAAUGCGCCGGUGCCGGCAGAAGCACUUUGAUCGUCCCCGACAAAGACGCCGACGGCCUCUCAUCCGGCGCCAUUCUCCAGAGAACAUUGGUCCUCCUCGGGCUCAAGCCUGAGCUGAUUUCCGUUCACCUGUUGCAGAAAGGCAACAACGUUCACACUGAGAGCGAGCGCCAGGCCAUGGCGGCUCUCGAUCCCGAGUAUAUCUUCAUCUUGGACCAGGGAUCACGCAAAGCUCCUCCAGUCAUCGACAAGCCGCACAAGUCUUUGGUUAUUGACCACCAUUUUGCCGAAGAGGAUGACUUCCCAGAGGGAUCAGAACAUGUCACAGCGUGCAAUUCGCCUCCAGUAGCAACGAGCUCACUGCUUACCUACCACCUGUGUAGCGCAUUGCACGACGACGUACAGGAGACCUGUGCCUGGCUGUGCGUCCUAGGCACACACGGCGAUCUGGGUACAACAUUGAAAUGGGAACCGCCUUUCCCUGAUAUGCGUGGCGUUUUCAAGCGGUACACUAAGAAAGCAUUAAAUGAAGCCGUGACCAUGAUCAAUGCGCCACGUAGGACAGCCUCUUUCAAUGUACCGACGGCAUGGGCAGCACUGACUGCAGCCGAGACGCCGGCUGAUGUAGCCAACAAUCCCGACCUCUUCGCUGCACGCAAAGAAGUCAACGCUGAAGUUGCGCGAUGCACCCACACGGCACCAAAAUUCAGCGCAGAUGGCAAGAUUGCGGUGUUCCGCAUCAAAUCAGAGGCCCAGGUUCACCCGCUCAUUGCCACGCGGUGGGCUGGCCAUCUAUCAUCCUCCAAGCUUGAGGUUGUGCUUGUCGCGAAUGAAGGAUACCUACCAGGGCUCGUGAACUUCUCCUGUCGUGUCCCACGAAGUGCGCGUGCACGCGAUCCACCAGUCAACAUCAUUGAGGUUCUGAAGGGAGUGGCAGACAGAGCAGCCGACCCUACCUUGCGUGCAAGGCUGGGGGAAUCAUUUGCACGCGGACACAAGGAGGCAAGCGGAGGCAUCGUAGGAGUCCAAGAGUUCGAGGAGCUGAUGGCGUGCUUGGAGGUGGGCAAGAAGCCUGAGGAAGAUUCUCCGAAGAAAAAGAAGAAAGAAGAGAAGCCGGCCCAGUCGAACACGCUGAUGAAUUACUUUGGGAAGAAAAAUGGCUCAAAUCCGGAAGCAGAGAGGUGA